AUGGAUGUGUUUGCUCAAACUGUUAAUACCGGCCGUGCUAUUGACAACCUUGGAGAAAAAUGCCAGUUAUCAUUUUAUGAAUUCUUGACACGGUACGAAGCUGAUGGAACUCCAAAGUAUUACGCUGAUGUAGCUCAAUUAGUUCGACCUGAACGUAAUACACUAACAGUUAGCUUUAAAGAUGUUGAAAACUUUGACUCCGACUUGGCGGUGACGAUACAGCAAGAAUAUUACAGAGUUUUUCCUUAUUUAUGUCGAGCUGUAAGAAAAUGCACUCAAGAACAAGACAAGAUACCCCAAGAAAAAGAAUUUUUCAUCAGUUUUGCUGACUUUGAUACUCGACACAAGGUACGUGAGAUGACCACUCAAAAAAUUGGCAGUUUGCUCAAAAUCAGAGGCCAAGUUGUUCGUACUCAUCCUGUCCAUCCUGAGCUAAUAAAUGGGACUUUUAUAUGUCUUGAAUGUCAAGCUGUCAUCAAAGAUGUCGAACAGCAAAUGAAGUUCACUCAGCCUGUGGUUUGUAGGAAUCCUGCCUGCCAAAAUCGUUCAAAAUUUAUGUUAGAUGUCGAUAAAUCAAUUUUUGUCGACUUUCAAAAAAUACGAAUCCAAGAGACCCAAGAAGAGCUUCCCCGAGGCAGCAUACCUAGAAGUAUGGAAGUGAUUUUAAGAGCUGAAGCUGUUGAACAAGCGCAAGCUGGUGAUAAAUGCGAUAUUACCGGAACCUUAAUUGUAGUGCCGGAUGUUUCUCAGUUGAGAACACCUGGUACAACUUCAGAGCCUGCUUCAAAAAGGCGAACUAAUGAUGGUUAUAACAAUGAUGGCGUAAGUGGCUUAAAAUCAUUAGGCGUACGCGAGCUAUCCUACAAACUUUCGUUUCUAGCAUGCAAUGUUACUCCGGUAGAUGCAAAGUUUAGUGGACGGGAUGCUCUAGGAGAUGAAAUGACUGCUGAGAGGAUCAAGAAACAAAUGACAGAGCACGAAUGGCAAAAAGUUUAUGAAAUGAGCUCCGACAAAAAUCUCUAUCAGAAUCUUAUUACUAGUUUAUUCCCUACAAUUCAUGGACAAGACGAGGUGAAACGAGGAAUUUUGCUAAUGUUAUUUGGAGGUGUACCGAAAACAACCAAAGAAGGCACUAGUUUACGUGGGGAUGUCAACGUAUGCUUAGUUGGAGAUCCGAGCACAGCUAAAAGUCAAUUUCUAAAAUUUGUGGAAGAAUAUAGUCCAAGAGCAGUUUAUACAAGUGGCAAAGCUUCCACAGCUGCUGGUUUGACUGCAGCGGUUGUAAAAGACGAGGAUUCUAGAGAAUUUGUUAUUGAAGCUGGAGCCUUAAUGUUAGCAGAUAACGGUGUAUGUUGUAUUGAUGAAUUCGACAAAAUGGAUUUGCGCGAUCAAGUUGCAAUUCAUGAAGCUAUGGAACAACAAACAAUUUCAAUAACUAAAGCCGGUGUAAAGGCAACUUUGAAUGCACGUACAUCCAUUUUAGCUGCGGCAAAUCCUAUAGGAGGAUGUUAUGAUCGUAGCAAGUCACUAAGGCAAAAUAUCUCAUUGAGUGCUCCCAUUAUGUCCCGCUUUGAUCUUUUUUUCAUCCUUGUUGAUGAAUGCAAUGAGGUCACUGAUUAUGCAAUUGCCAGAAGAAUUGUAGAUCUUCAUAGUCGCAGGAAGGAGUCUAUUGAUCGGAUUUACUCUCUCGACGAUAUUCGCCGAUACAUGCUAUUUGCAAAACAAUUUAAGCCUAAGCUAAACAAAGAAAGUCAAGAGUUUUUAGUAGAACAAUAUAGAAGAUUGAGGCAGCGAGAUAGUGGUGCGACUAAAUCUGCUUGGAGAGUGACGGUUAGACAGCUAGAGAGCAUGAUACGUUUAUCUGAGGCAAUGGCUCGCAUGUAUUGUCAAGAUGAGGUUCAACCGAAGCAUGUCAAAGAAGCUUUCCGCCUCAUAAAUAAAUCUAUCAUUCGCGUUGAAGUACCUGACGUUGAAUUUGAUGAAGAACGCGAUGAAAUGGGAUUAUCCCAAGUUGAGAAUGCUGAGGAUAAGGAGACUGUUACUGACCCUAAAUCUCCAGAAAGCGAUAAAGGCAUGACAAAGCAACCUUUAAAGAUUUCUUUCGAGCAGUAUAGACAAGUUGCAAACUUACUUGCCUUACAUAUGAGGCAAGAAGAGGAAAAGCAAACAGAUGAAGGUGGGUUACGAAUUAGCGAUGUUGUUAACUGGUACUUGAAGGAAAUCGAAAGCGAAAUUGAUACCGAAGAAGAACUAGCUCAGAAGAAGAUUUUAGUUGAACGAGUGAUCGAUCGAUUAAUCAAUUAUGAUGGAGUUCUUAUAGCUCUCAAAGAGCCUGGAUUGGAAUCCGGAGACACCGAGAAGCCAGAUUCGCAAGAUCCUUACGUUGUUGUACAUCCUAAUUACGCUAUUGAUGAAUAUUAA